AUGAGAGGUUUGAUAGUUUUGACGUUGAUGGUGGUAUUAAAAGUGCUAGGACCUAGUGAUGGCGCGAUGACUAUGAAGCAGCUGAACAAUUCACUUGAUAUGAUGCGAAAAGCCUGUGCUCCAAAGUAUAAUGUUGAUGAAGCUAGUUUGAAUAAUCUCAGGGAAGGGAAGUUUCCUGUUGAUGCGGAUAAUGAACUCAAGUGUUAUACUAUGUGCAUAGCACAAAUGGCUGGAACACUUACAAAAAAAGGUGAAAUAAGUUAUUCCAAGACUGCAGCUCAAAUUGAUGCAAUGCUGCCGACAGAACUGAAAGCUCCUGCCAAAGAGGCUUUAAAUGCUUGCAAAAAUGAACAAUCUUCAUACAAAGAUCCCUGCGACAGAGUAUUUUUCUCGAUAAAAUGUGCAGCUGAAUUUAAUCCAGAUGUUUUUAUCUUUCCCUGAACGACGACUACCUUGGCUCAUACCGGAAAAUGUGUAACGGAACUAUAUAUAAAAUGUAGAAUACAAU